AUGGAGAAGACCGAUGCUAGUAGGUUUCAUCGACUGCACAAAAGCCUUUGACACUGUAGAGCACGAAGAUAUCUGGAAAGCGCUUGAAGAGGCUGGAGCUGAUCACAAAACAAUAAAAAUGAUUAGGAUACUGUACCAAAACGCAAAGUCCUAUGUACAAAUAGGAAAAGAGAAGGCUGAGUACGAAGUUUACCGUGGAGUACGUCAAGGAGACGUUAUGUCACCCACCAUUUUUAACUUAGUGAUGCAGAUGGCUCUAAACCAGAUAGCAUGGUCUGGAGGUAUCGAACUGGAGGAUGGAAAAAGGAGGUUAACUCACCUAUUAUACGCCGACGACCUGAUACUGAUGGCAAAUGAUGUAGCCGAGGCUGAAACAAAUCUGGAGAAAGUGGAGAAGAAACUGAGGGAAAUGGAACUAGAAUUGAAUAAAAAGAAGACGAAAUGGAUGGGCAGUACAGGAAUAGACCGAGACCAAUCUCUAGGUCUUGGAGGUGAGUCUAUCGAAAGGGUGGCUGCCUUUAUAUACCUCAGGAAUCCAGAAUCCGAAGUGGGAGCACGAGCAAGAAUGGCAUGGUCAACUUUCCAAAGAUGGAGAGAAGUACUAACCAGUCCAAGGACCAGACUACGACUCAAGCGGAAGUUCUACAUGACUUGCCUGUUACCUACAAUAACUUAUGGAGCCGAGUGCUGGAGUCUCACAGUGAAAGCCAGAUGGAAGUUGAUUAGAACGGUCAGAAAGAUGGAAAGAAUGAUGUUGGGAAUAACAUGGAGAGAUAAAAGAAGAAGUGCUGAGAUCAGAAGAAGGACGGGACUCAAGAGCGCCAGUCUCGUAGCGACUGAGAAGAAGUGGAACUGUGCUUGGAAGAUGUUGACAGCACAAGAUGAAAGAUGGAUAAAGAAGAUCAUAAUGUGGAUCCCCCCCCCCAGGCAAGAGACCCGUUGGUAG